AUGGCUACGGCUGCUGUGGCCGCGCGCCUGUGUUUAACACGCACGGGCGCACACACAAACACACAGCCCACCAGGGUCGAGGACAGCCGUCCAACCCCCAGAUCGCACAUUUCCGUUCACACGGAGGUGCCGGUCGAACCAGCAAGUGCGGCUCGCUUUGCGGCCUGCCGCAUGUCUGGUACCGACUGCAUUCCUUGUGCGACGACACGCCACAGCGUGCGCGUGGCACAUGGAAAUGCGGGGAGGAACAAGAGGAUAGGCAAGAAUUGCAGUGGACCUUGGUUGGUGAUACGAACAACAUGUCGUGGCACCCAUGGUCUGCUGUCGCACGUUGUCGCAGAAGUGGCAAAUAGCGGUGGUCAGCGUUGUUGUCGUCGUCCGUGA